AUGAGUGACUCAGAGGAUGAUGAGAUAUUUGAGAGUUUGAUGGCUACUAGAGUUAGACGCUCAAAUGCUGGAUCUAGGCUAAAACAGCUUAUUGAGUUGGAGGGGGAGGCAAAUGAAGUAGAAAAGUCACCCAGCCAGUUUACUACUGAAGAUGAUGAGAAUGUGAAUCUACUAUUUCAAGACGACGAGGAUGACCAGGAGUUUGUUGACGAGGAUAUGGAAGAAGAAUCAUUACUCGACGAACAAGAUGAGGACGAAGAGGGUAGUGGUAAAACAGGUGACAUGAUACCGCCCGAUUCUGGUGAUGAACGAGACGAAGCAGGUGAAGAGACACAAGAGGUAAAUUCAGAUGAUGUAUUAUCAGAUUCAGAUUUAUCAGCGUCGGAGUCAGAUGAAAGCGAAGGAGAAAAAGAAUUGCAGAAGCAGGAAAGGAUACGAAAAAGGAGGAAAAAGACAGUGAUACCUCAGAUCAAAAAGGUGAGUGAAAAGCCAGUUGUAAAGCGGUCAAAGAGGUCACCUUUGGUUACCUCUGACUCAUUGUUGAUGUCAAGCAGGAGGUCAUCUUCUCGAGCUUCAGCUGUUGAAAGUAAACAAGCGUUGAUUGACCGCUUAAAGGAAAGUGAGGAGAGAAAAGCCAAGUAUGUACCCGUUGAGAGAAAAUAUGUUAAAGAGUUGACACAGGCCGAGAGAUUGGCACAAGCUGCUGAAACUGAAAAAGAAAAUAUAGAAUCUUUGAACCGAUUUAAGGAGCAGGAAAUUGUGAAAAAGGAGCGACAAAGACAAUCGCUUUUGUCAAAGAGGACUAAAUUACAGAAUGUCCUACGAUGGGUAAGCAAGGGAAUAUACGUGACUCCAAAUGAAGAGGUGGCAGAAGCAAGAAGACAAUUUGAACUUUACAUGAAAAAGAGAAAAAGACUAGGCAAGAAAAAGAAGGGAAAUGAAGACGAAGUGGCUGUUAUUAGAGCGCCGUUUUCAAUUGACUACUCGUCACCGUACCAAAGAGCAUUGGCGGAUGCAAAGAAGAGAGCACAAGAAGAAGAGGAAGAUCGUCUUGAAAGUAUCAACUGUUUAUUGAUGAAGAAGGUCAUCGAACACGAGAGUAAGGGUGACACCUUAACAACAUCGGAGGUUGAAAUCAUUGACCAAAAAGAAGAGGAUGGAAAUACAAGUGAUUCGAAGCAAACUGAUCAAAUCAAAGUGAAAACUGAACCGAGUGAAGAAGGAGAAAAUCUGGGGGAUGGAGUUACUUUAGUUGAGACAAGAGUCGACGAUAAAUUUAAAGAGGAUUUAACAUUGGAAGAACAUUUGAAAGCACCAGAGCCACACGGGACUGUUGAAGAUUCAACUGAAGCAAGUAAGGGCACAUCUGAUGCAAAUAAUGAGGACAAAUCAGAGACAAAAGAUGAGGGCAUUGUAGCUAAUGGGGAGGAACAGAAUGACGAUCUUAAAAAGGGAAACGAAGAGGCCCCGACUGAGCCACCAGCUGGUCUGGAAUCCUUUAUAAACCUUGCCAAUAAAGAAGCUUUGAGCAUCACAGAGAGUCACUCACCUAAGCGCGUAAAAUUUGCCGACGAGCUCAACGAUAAGGAAAGCAGGCCAUCGCCCAUAAAACAAGAAUCGACCGAGGAUACUCCGAAUAAUGAGGUAUCUGAAAUAAGCUCGGUUGAGGGCACCCCAAUUCCAGACGAUCAUUUGCCAAAUGAUACGACAGAUGACCAAACGUAUAAAGAAAUAUUUGAAGGGCCAAUUCAAAAAGUGAGUCGGAAUACGAUUUAUCUUGCCGAUUUUGACGAAGACAAACGACAAUUCAGACUUACCGCUAGUAAUGUCAAACAGAUCCUAUUUGGCGAGCAAUCACUCUGGCUGGCAGCAAGAAGGUCUAAUGAAGUUAAAAACUUACUUCGUAUAGGAAAACAGGAAAACCCAUAUGCUACAAAAAAAGACAAUAGGGAGAAUGAUCUAUUCACACCCAUUUCUGAGCUCAAUGAAGAUGAUCCAAUGUUUGACGAAUUGAAAAAGUUGCCUCGAUUGGGGAUUCAGCAAGAUAUUGUUGAAGUCGCUGAAAACGACGAAGAAAAUGAUUCUGCAGAAAUAGUAAUACAAACUGAGGCUCCUACAGGGUUGUACUUACCCAAUGGUAAUAAAAAGGUUUGUAUGGUUUCGGGCACAGAAGUCAAGUACUUUGAUCCUUCAACGGGUAUGCCUUAUAGUUCGGUGGACGUUUACAGAACUCUAAAACUUAUAGAACUGGGCCAGGCUGAGUGGCUAGGCUUGGAUGCAACAGAUAAUGGUCCAGUGGAUUUGUAUUUGGGAUUCAAGGGGGAAAAUGCAAAACACGCAAAAGGAGUACCAGAAGGGUUUUAA